UCAAAUUCACAAAAAGCUAAAAUUUUGGAUCGAAAUGGCGUCAAAUCUGAACCCGGCGUACGCAUACACGGUGGUUUAUGUCAAAGAUGUGGCCAAAUCUGUCGAGUUUUACGGUAGAGCGUUUGGUGCAUCUGUUCGCCGCCUAGACGACUCCCAUAGAUGGGGCGAAUUAGAAAGCGGACAGACGACCAUAGCAUUUACGCCGGUGCAUCAACAUGAGACCGACGACCUCACCGGCGAGGUACAGGAACAGAAAUCAAAAGGCCGAAGGAAUCAACUUGAGGUUUGCUUCGCUUACGCGGACGUUGACGCCGCAUACAAGAGGGCGUUGGAGAACGGGGCGGAGCCGGUGAGCAAGCCAGAGGAGAAAGAGUGGGGACAGAAGGUAGGGUAUGUACGUGAUAUCGACGGAAUCGUGGUGAGGAUGGGAAGUCACGUUAAAUCUCGUUGAAGGAUUUAUGUUUGCACUUUGUUGUUGUGUUAUAAUAUAAUAUUUUCCUAUAUGUAUAAAUAUAUUACCGUGUUUUCUUGUUUUUAUUUUCUUUUCGACUCUUGUAUUAUUAUUUAUUUAAGAAAGAAGUGGUAAACUUUAUAUAAAAUACAAAUAUAUUCACGCAUCA